AUGUCUUUGAAAAUUGAGGCAGAGAGGGCCGUCGCACAGAAGUUGCGGUCUCCCAUUGGACACCCCCUCUUCAAACCAAGAGGCAAACCGCACAUCCUCUUUCCUUAUGGAGCGAAAUACCGCUCUCCAAAUAGAUUCAAGUGGUGGAUUGGGCAGCGGCCUGCCUACCCGCACCACUCUCACCAAAAGAACUGGUUGCCUGCUUCUCAGUUGUCGAUUCAGUCGUUUUUGCCGCAGAUGCAGCACCAGCAGUUGCAGCCGCAGCAGCUCGUGCACCUGCCUCCGCAACAGCAGCAGCAGCAAAAGGAGCAGCAGCGACAGCAAAUGCUCGAACACCAGCAACAGCUGAUGAAGGAACUGCUGCAGGCGCAAGCAGCGGUUUGUGCAGCAGCGUCAGCCAUUCGAAAGCCUUGCCGCCUCGGAAUUCGCGACACCAGCAGCAGUGACGGGAGUAGCAGUGACACGAACAACAGAGAUGUCAGCAAAAGAAUGCUGCUGAGCGAAUGGAUAUACGACCCUGUUGGUGCAGCAGCGCAGUUGCAGCAACGGCAACUGCUCCCAGAAGCGCUGCAUGCGUUACCUCUUCAUGGGGUGGGCUGCCUCCUUUUUAGGGACAAACGAAGAAGCAGAAAGUUGUUGUUAGAGCAACUACAUCUGCGACACAGGAAAUGGCAGCAUUCGCCGAAACUGACAGCGAGAGGCGUUGUGCUGCCUCCGAAACUCAGACUCAAUAGCAACACCAGCAGCAGCGUCUGCGAGGCAACAGGAGAGGGCACGGCAAGAGCAGUUCCUGCUGCCUCGCAGCCUCUUGAAUUAAGACGAGCAAUGGCAUUUAUCCCCAGAGAUGUGUACUACAGGCACCGUCCUUUCAAGGCCAGGGUGUUAGGAGACUUGACAUCAAUUGUUUCUCCGCGAGUUUCGUGUUCCCCAACUAUGGGCUGCGUUUCGACUGCACAGUGCAGCAGAGGGGAAGCGGAUGCGCAUGCAGCAGAUGCAUCAGAACAGGGGAGAGAUGUUUCACCAACAACAGAAACAGCGAAGGUUCAAAGCCCGAAUCUGGCACUGGCAAGCAGCAGCUCUGCUAGCAGGAAGCACCAUCGCGGAUUUGUAUUUCGUAGCUGUUCCUCUCCUGCGAAUCUGAGUCUGGAUUUCUGGCGUGUUGCACCCCCUUUAAACGGAAAUCGCUUUAUCUUUAGGCCGUCUGUGCGGCUCUCAUGA